AUGGCGACAAAAGCGGCUUUCAAACGGCUCACUCGCGAGUACCAAAGCAUUCAAAAGAACCCCCCGCCCUUUAUCGUGGCACACCCAUCGGAAAGCAACAUUCUUGACAUCUCCGAUUUCCACCCCAAGUCCUUCAACCCCGCAUGGGAAGUUUCGACAAUUCUCAUCGGCCUGCUCUCAUUUAUGACCAGUGAGGAAAUGACUACGGGGAGUGUCAGCGCAUCAGAAGGCGAACGCCGAGUCCUCGCCGCCCGAUCGCGAUGGUGGAACUCGACCGGUGGAGGCUCACACGCCAACGCUACACCAGGUGUUGCCCGAACAACCAAGGGGAUUAACAAUGUCAAGGCAGGCGAUGGGGGCUUAAAGUUCCGAACUGAAUGGCCAGAGCUGGACCAGGAGAAUUGGACAUGGAUGAAGGAGCACCGCAUCGACGCUGCCACUGGCCAAAUUCUGCCCGAUCCCAAUGCCCCAAUCAAGUGUUCCCCGGAGACCAGUGCACUCCGUCGGCGACCAAAUGGAAGUGGCCCGGGAUUCGGGGCAGUCAUGGAAGGUGGCCAUGUGGCGCGGGAGGCCGGUCAAAGUUGGAUGCGACGGAACCGCGUUUGGGUUGGUCUGGCGGUACUUUUUGGCUAUGCGUUACUUUCACGACUUGUCAGUGACAUGCAGGGAUAA